GAUAAAACAAAACAACGACGUAUGUAGAUGCUAGUCACUACUCAUUACCUGCUGCCAACCCUAUUUGUCCUGCCUUGCCUGACUGACGUGGUGAUUGUGGUGACGGCAACUGUCGGCAACAGCGAAAACUUCAAUAACCAAACACUGCACUGCAUUAUUUCCCUAUUUUAAAAAUAACUGAUUAAAUUAACAAUGUUGGAAAGUCUAUUUGAUGAUGUGCGGCGAAUGAACAAGCGGCAGUUCAUGUACCAAGUGUUAAGCUUUGGUAUGAUAGUGUCUUCUGCCUUGAUGAUAUGGAAAGGUUUGAUGGUAGUAACAGGAAGUGAAAGCCCAAUAGUAGUAGUACUGUCAGGCAGUAUGGAGCCCGCUUUUCACAGAGGAGACUUGCUGUUUUUAACCAAUUACCCUGAGGAGCCUGUCCGCGUUGGAGAAAUUGUUGUCUUCAAAGUAGAGGGCCGGGAUAUCCCGAUUGUUCACAGAGUAUUGAAACUACAUGAAAAGAACAAUGGCACAGUAAAGUUCUUAACCAAAGGUGACAAUAAUAGUGUUGAUGACAGAGGCUUGUAUGCCCAGGGCCAACUGUGGCUCACUAAAAAAGAUGUGGUUGGCCGUGCAAGAGGAUUUUUGCCAUAUGUUGGAAUGGUCACCAUAUAUAUGAAUGAAUAUCCUAAGUUUAAGUUUGCUGUGCUGGCUUGUCUUGCAAUUUAUGUAUUAGUACACAGGGAGUGACAGAAGCGCUAAGAUCUGAAGUGUUGGGAAGAGAGCAGGAAUAUACAUACUUUUGCGGAGAUUAUAUGGCUCUGUGAAUGUAUUUAAUUUUUAUGAUUAAAUGAAGUUCUCUCUAGUGUUUCUAAUAAGUAAUUUAUUUAAAGUAA